AGCCCGCUGCUCUGAAGUCUGAACACCCCCGACUUUAAGGCCGUAAGCACUCUCGCAGGGUCUCGCUCCUGAGCGUCCUCUCCAGGCGGGCAAGGGAGACCUGCUUCAUCUCCUCUUCGUCGUGGCCAGGUCUACUUGGAGAUUUUCUUAUUUUUGGUGAGAAUGAAGCGCAUGCACAGAAUGCCAACGAGGAAGUCCCAUUCAUGGUGGUGGGACAGCCACAUUAGCCCCAAAAACAACAAAUGGCUGGCUGAGAAUCUGGAAGAGAUGGAUAAGCAAGUUAAAGAGAUGCUGAGGCUCAUCGAGGAUGAAGGUGAUUCCUUUGCAAAGAAGGCUGAGAUGUAUUUCCAAAGACGGCCUCUGCUUGUAACUCAUGUUGAGAACUUCUAUCGGAUGUACCGUGCUCUUGCUGAACGCUAUGAUAAUGUGACUGGGGAAUUGCGCAAGAAUAUUCCAUCAUCACUGCAGUCUCAAGGCUCUGGUAUAUCUGAAGCUGAUUCCGAGACACAUUCUACUUCCUCAUCUCCAGAGCCUAACACGGAACAGAAGACACCAAAACAGAAGCGCAAAACAAGAGCAGCUGGCUUUGAUGUCUUCCUUGGUUCUGGUGGAAGCUCAGACAUUUCCAAGAAGGGGAGUGAUGGAUCAUCAUCUUCUUCAGAUUCUGAUUCCGAGGUUGAUGAAGAGAGAGAAGAAGAUGGCAAUGGGAUUUCUUAUGCACUGAAUGAACGGAUUAUUGAGCUAGAAGAGGAGCUUCAGGAAGCAAGGCAACAACUUGAGGCACUCGAGGAAAAGAACAUGCGUUGCCAAUGUGAAAAACUUGAGGAGAGUUUCAAACGAGUUAGCAGUGAAAAGGAAGAUUUGGUAGCUGUAGUUCUGGCAAACAAGAAUGAGAUUGAGGGUCUAAAAGGAGAUAUGACCUCAGCAGCUAAGCAUUAUGAAGCCCAACUACUGCAUCAUGACCAUGAGAUUGAGAAGUGCAAGCAGGAGCUUGAGCAAGUUUCUGAGAAGUAUUUCCAUGAGAAAUCUACUCUUGAGGCUGAAAUCAGAAAGCUCCAGGAGGUCGUCAUGAAUUUUGAAGGGGACCUAGCGAAAGUGUCAGGAGAGAAAUUGCAGCUUGAGUCCCAGUUAAAAGAGCUUGAACAAGCUUCUCGCAGCUUAGAUGAUUCUUCUGCUGAGAUGAUGAAGCUACAAGAAAUAACCAAGGAUCUGCAAGCAAGACUAGAAAAUGGUUCAAAUGAGAAGACUGUUCUUGAGGAACGUGCUAUGGAGUUUGAGCAAGUUCAUAGGCAGCUGGAGGAUUCAUGGGCUGAGGCCAGGAAGCUACAAGCUACAAUAGAUAGCCUGAAAGAUGACCUCGACAGAGCUCUGCAAGAGAAGUUAAUGCUUCAGGACCGUGCCAAGGAUCUGGAACAGGCAACGAGUGACUUAAACGCCUCAGUUGCUCAUAAUCAGGAGAAAUUCUCCAUGGAGAAGUCCUCUCUUAGCUCUGAGAUCCUAAAACUGUCAGAAGCUAACGCUUCUCUCGAGGGCAAGUUGACAUCCACAGAGUCACAGCUCGAACAACUUCACGCUGAGAAGGCAGAAACAUCCCUCGAGAGUGAGAAACAAAUAUCUGAACUGAAUCAAGCCAUUGCCGAUCUUAAGACAAAGCUCGAGCUGCUGUCUUCAGAGAAAUCUGCAGUUGAUAACAGGGUGUACACUUUGCUGAUUGAUGUCACUACUCGUGAUGAAAAGAUGAAGGAGAUGGGCAGCCACUUGCAUCAGCUGCACCUGGAGCACGCGAAGCUGAUUGAAGAGGCGGAUGUCGCACGAAAGGCCGUUUCCGACCUGCGUGCACGGGUGUGCGAGCUCGAGGAAGAGGUUGAGAAGCAGAAGCUUAUGAUCUCCGACAGCGCAGAGGGAAAGCGGGAGGCAAUCAGGCAGCUGUGCUUCUCGCUUGAUCACUACCGCCAUGGGUACCAGCAUCUCCGGCAGCUCCUGCAGGGCCACAGGAGGCCUAUGGUGAUGGCAACUUGAGCGACUGGCUUGCUGGAUCCUUCUUCCUGGAUUUCCAAAAUCGGUCUGUCGAUGUAACGCGGAUUCUGAAUGUAAUGUGAACCUCCUUUUUUCUCCUUUCCAUUUUUCAUGUACCUUCCUUCUACAAAAUUUGAGUAAAAUUUGUGCUCUGUAGCUACUUGAGCUAUCCUAAGGUAUGUACUGUGUAAUGCACUAAAUUUUGGAUAAUUACGGUAUUCCUUUUUU